GAAGCGUGUGGCGGUCAAAACAACUUUGUGGACUCAUUUCUCUCCUCCUACCAUCACGUGGGUUCCAGGGACCAAACUCAAGUCGCCAGGCCUGUGUAAGCCUUUUACCCAGUGAGCUGUCUUUUCAGCCCCUGGAAAUCUUGUAUUGCAGCGGUUAAGGAGGCUGGAUAUUCUACAGGUGCCCAGUGAGCAGAAACCAGGGACGAUGCAGGGGGCUGACUCUGCCUCUACCCCCUGCCCCCACCAGCAAAGGCUUGUCUAGCCCCAAAUGUCCAUAGUUUCGUCAGUGAGCCACGCUGAUUUAGAAUGUAUGCUGGUUUGUGCUCUGAGAUGGGAGAGCCAGUUGAUACUCUUUCCUGUGUGCGUCCCAUCCUUCUCGUUGGCAAGCCUUAGGCAAGAGCUGUCCCUUGAAAUGGUAAAGAGUCUGCGGCUUUGCUCAUUAAAAACACUGACUUGCGUCGUCUUACAGGCUCUUAGACCCUGAAGAAGGACAUCCUCUCUACGCAGGUUGUGAUGGCUUCAGACUCACGGGGUGGCCCUGCCAGGAGAGGAGCACCCUCAAAGGUGAGGUCGCCUAAGCUUCUGGAGGUCCUGAGCGCUCUGGAGGAGGAUGGGUUUAGCAGCAACAGGGAGGAGAUUGUCAUUGCACCCCCACCCCCCACCCCCGACAAUGCCUCCGGGGACGUCACGGAUGAGGAUUCUGGGGAAGAAGACAGUGGCCCGCAUGGUGCCCAGCAACCAGGCCGGGUGCUGUGUGCUUCAGUUGUGUCUGAGGACUCCGACCGCCAGGAGGAGGCGGGCUAUGACAAGCCAGAGCUGCAAGCAGCCAAGAAAAGGCGGAAGGCAGCAGUGGAGCCCCAGCGUGUUUGGACCAAGAGAGACAUCCGGCCAGACUUCGGUAGCUGCACAGCCUCAGACCCUCAUAUAGAGGACCUCAAAACCAAGGAGCUGAGUCCUGUGGGCCUCUUUGAGCUGUUUUUUUGAUGAUGGGACAGUUUCAUUGUUGAUGAAACCAACCGUUAUGCUGGGCAGAAAAAUAUCACCCUGGAUCUCACAGCCCAGGAACUGAAGUGUGUUUUGGGCAUCUUGAUUUUAAGUGGGUACGUCUCCUAUCCAAGGAGACAGAUGUUUUAGAAGACAGCUCCUGACUCGCAUCAUCACCUUGUGGAUGAUGUUAUUAGAAGAGACAGAUUUGAGCUGAUCUUCCUGCAUUUUGCAGAUAACAGUGAACUCGAUGAAAACGAUAGGUUUGCCAAGGUCAGGCCUCUUAUGAACUGUAGCUUCCAGAAGCAUGCUCCCCUGGAAGAGUUCUACAGCUUUGGUGAAUCCGUCUGUGAAUACUUUGGGCGCCAGGGGUCCAAGCAGCUGCACUCAGGGAAGCCAGUCUGGCUAGGCGACAAUAUCUGGUGUGGAACGACCAGCAGACGCUACCUGGCGUGGUUUGGGCCUUCACAGGGCACACUAUUCACCAAGCUAGACCGGGGCUUGGAUAUAGGAGGCAGUAUGGUGGUCAGAUUUGUGGACGCCCUUCAGGAGCUUGGCUCUCCGCCAUACCACAUAUUCUUUGACAAGGUCUGUACAAGCAUCAAUCCUCAUCCCUUGAGGAGGAAAGGGGUGAAGGCCAUAGGAACUGUUUGUGAGUACAGAACCGAGCGUUGCCCCCUCAAGGAUCCCAAAGAACGGGGGAAUAAGAGAAAGGGCUCGUUUGACUCCAAGGUGGACGAGAGCGAGGAGACCAUUGUGUGCCGCUGGCGCACCAGCCGCGUGGUGAACAUCUGCUCCAAUGCGGUGGGCACAGAGCCAGCGAGGCAGAACAGCCGCCACCCCGGAGCAGCCAAAGCUGGGGCACAGGUCCACCAGCCAUCCCUGGGGAAGCUCUAUCAGGAGAAGGCCAGAGGGGUUGACCGGAUGGACCAGAACAUCGCCAAGGACAAGGUGCAGAUCAGCGGCAUGAAGUGGGACUUCACCAGCUGCAUCAUCGACGCGGCCCUCAACAAUGCGUGGCAGCUGCACCGGGUGUGCUGCCAGGACGCGCAGGUGGACCUCCUCGCCUUCCACAGGUACGUGGCCUGCCCGGUGUAUCUGGAGAGCAAAGUGUCUACUUCCUCCCCGGGGAGGCGGAGCCGGCGGGUGGAAACCGAGAGUCGCUUCGAUAUGAUUGGACACUGGAUUGUCCAUCAGGACAAGAGGACCCGCUGUGCCCUCUGCUACUCACAGACCAACACCGGCUGUAAGAAGUGCCAGAAGGGUGUCCAUGCCAAGUGCUUCCGGGAGUACCACAUGAGACCCGAGAGCUGCUUCUUCCAGCUAGUGACGUCACUGGGACCAUCUGCAGGUUUUAUUUGUGGCGCUUUUGACGCCGAUCACUGAUGACUUAACUUUGUAGUUUCUCCCAGGCCCCGUCACAGUCCUCUUUUUUAUGUGUUCUAUUAUGUUCUAUUAUGCCUACAUGUCAUGUAAAUUAGCAUUUAUGUUAGUAAUUGUACAUGUUUGUAAACCUGUACUUUAUAUUCUUAUUUAUUUCAAUUUAUUCAAAUAAAAGUUUUGCUUUUGUAUGUA